AAAUAAUAUUAGAGGCCAGCUUUUUUAUCUUUUUUUUUAAAGAGAGAAAAAGAAAAUAUAAUAGUAUACUCCAUUCAAUUUUCUACUACAUUAUUUUAGUGUUUUUAUUUUGUUUAUUAAUUUUCUCCCGUCGGAUUCCAGCUAAAAACACGAAUAUCUAUAUAUUCCAAAGUUUUAAAAAAUGGAAAUUAUGGUUAGAGAUAUUAUAACAUCCUAUUAAAUAAAUGCAUUUCCUUUUCAUAUUAUUUAGUUCUUCAAUAUUAAAAUAGCUAUGGACAGGCUAGGAAAAAAAGUUGGAAGGGAAUGAGCUAAAAAAAUUAAAAUACAGAAAGAAAAUACCUUUUGUAAUGUCACCAUUUCCAAAUUCAAAAAUCCAAUUUCUAUUUUGUUUCCACGAAAUCACACUUCAUAAAUAAAUCUAAUUUCUCUCACUUUCUUCUCAAUUUUUUUUCCCUCAUAAUUUCCAAGCUCAGUUCUGAGGAAAUAUUUUUCUUACCAAAUACAAAAUAUAUAUAUAUAUAUAUAUAUAUAUAUAUGUAUUUCCUAGACAUAUAAUUUUCCGAAAAUCCUCGCAAUAUUCGCUGUUUGAUUUUAUGUUCUUUUGAUUUUGGAGUUUUUUUUGUUUCUUUUUCUUCUUCUCGUUUAGUUCUCUUGUUGCUAUUGUUCUUCAAUUUUCUUUUUCUGGGUUGAAUGAUUUUAGCUUUGCUGUUGGAGAGUUAAAUCUUUGUUAAUCUCUGAUCAGCCUAAAAUCAACUUGUGUUUUUUAAAUCAAAAAGUAAGAUUAAUGGUUUUGGAUAUGGAGUCUACCGGAGAAGUCGUCAGGACAGCCGCCGGAGACGACGGCGGAGUCACGGUGGUGGGAUCGGACGUGCCGUCGGACUUCCGCGUAGCUCCGAGGUCGGAGAGCUCAAACCCACCUCUCGUCUCCGCUACUCCACCGCCGCCAUCGCAUCAGCCCGGAGGAGCUCCACCGCAGAAUAUCCCGGUGGCAACGGAGGGUCUCUCCGGCGGACCGAUGAAGAAGAAACGCGGACGGCCCAGGAAGUACGGACCCGACGGGGCGGCGGCGGCGCUCUCUCCGAAGCCGAUAUCGUCGCUAGCUCCGCCGCCGGCGUCUCACGUCAUCGAUUUCUCGGCGUCGGAGAAACGCGGCAGAGUGAAACCAGCCGGUUCCUUCAGCCGGAAAAAGUAUCAGCUCGAGAAUUUAGGUGAAUGGGUAAAUUGCUCUGUAGGAGGAGCCAAUUUCACGCCUCAUGUCAUCACUGUGAACGCCGGUGAGGAUGUAACGAUGAAGAUAAUCUCGUUUUCGCAACAAGGGCCUCGUGCUAUUUGCGUUCUCUCAGCAAACGGCGUCGUUUCGAGCGUCACGCUCCGUCAGCCCGACUCCUCGGGCGGUACAUUGACGUACGAGGGUCGGUUUGAGAUACUGUCGUUGUCCGGAUCGUUCAUGCCUAACGAUGUCGGCGGGACUCGGAGCAGAACCGGGGGGAUGAGCGUUUCGUUGGUAAGUCCCGAUGGACGCGUGAUAGGCGGUGGUCUCGCGGGUUUACUCGUCGCCGCUAGCUCAGUUCAGGUCGUCGUAGGGAGUUUCGUAGCGGAAGAUCAGAAACCGAAGAAGCAGAAGCAUGAUUACAUGCCGACCCCGACAGCUGCUAUCCCGAUCUCCAGCGCAUCAGAAUCCCGGGUAACCUUCCCGGCAUCGACUCUUCAAACCGACACUUGGCCGCUGUCCUUGUCUUCUAACCCCAUAAACAGACCUUCCGACAUCAACGUCUCUUUGAGUUGAACAUUUUGGACGGCCAUUUCCACACAAGUUGUACAUCUUUUCUGUAUUUUCAGCGCCAGAGUUUGCUUUCCAGAUUUCCAGUAUUAGGGUUUUCAACGAGCUGAUCUCUUUUUUUUGGUCUUAGUGAUUUCUUUUUUUUAGAUCUUCUUGUUCAAUUCCAUUUUCCUCGAAUUUCCGGUUUACCAGCUCAUACCAAAUCUGGGGAAAAGAUUUUAAGAUUCUAUUUCCUUAA